AUGCGGGUGCGGACGCUCUACUUGCAAUGGUAUAUGUCAGAAACGUCUACCAGAUCACUGAUUCAGCCACUGAUCAAGGUCCUCUUUGCGUCCAUCUACGAAGUGGCCAUCCGCACGAUCACUAAGGACCCAGAGACAAUCCCGAAGCGAAAGGAACCGACCCUAGACAGAAACAGUACAUCAAGGACUCGACUCAUAACGGACAACAACGUCGACCAGCCCCCCUACUACACCAUCGCCCCAGCUGUCGAUCAAACACCUAUUUUCGUCGUCCAUGAACGAUGA